AGAUAGCCGCAAUCACUACAGAUAACAAGUUAUAUGUUCAGUGUUUAAUCGUAAUCAAUACAUAGGUACAGUCUUCAUACAACAUUAAAUGUUUGGAAACAGUAAUUAUAUUGCAGAAAUAGAAAAUGGAUAUGAAUAAUGGUGUUAACCCUGCUCAAAGUGAUGUAGUGCGAAUAGAAGUGUAUGAAGGUAGAAACGCAGACCGAGUGACAGUCCACAGAGAGCCGCCGCCGCCGUACGAAGCGACGUUUGACAACGUGACAGUGAUUCAUCACCCGGUCACGGUUACUCAUACCACUGCUGAUAUACAACGUAAACUGAAGAACUCUCCUGCAUACUACAUCUGUCCUGCCUGUGAUGAAAGAAUCAUAACGAAAGUUGCUUAUUCAACCACUGAAAAAACUCAUAUGCUGGCUGGAUUUAUUUGUGGAUUUACUUGUUGGUGUUUACUUUGCUGUUUGGCAGCAAUACCAUACUUUACAAAGACUUUUAAGAAAGCACAUCACUUCUGCCCAAAUUGCAAUACUAUGCUAGGAGUGUAUUCCCUUUUAUAACAAUACAAAAAGGUUAUUGAACUUCUGCUUCGAAUGGGUCUCGAUAGUCUAUAGCAGUGGUUCUUAACCUUUUUGGCAUGAGGGACCACUUUACCAAAAGUUUGUCUUGCCGGGGACCACCCCAAUGGUUUACCUAAAUUGAGGGUUCUUUGAUAAAGAAUACGAGCACACUUUAUAAUAAGCACUCAUUUCUAUUCAGUACUCUUGGUUCAAUACUACUCAAAACUGAACGCAUGUCGGCAGUGGCAUCCAACAGAUUUCUAUGCUUGUUUUUAACAAUCAGAAGCGCCGAAAACCCACGUACGUAUUUAUAGCUUUAACUAAAUCUUUCAUUUACAAACUAAACAUUGCGUUUACAAAACGCAAGUACCUACUGUCAUACAUAUGCAUAUAUUUAGUUUCCAAAUGCGCGAGCGAAGCGAGCGCGAAAUUUUUUUCGGAUUCAAACCAAACAUUACGUAAAAUGUGGCCCAAACGUACUUGGGUUUCGGGAGAACAUUUUGUGUGGACUGAAAGGAUAAUUUGUGGGAGAAUCAUGGACAUCUGUUCUUAUAGCUCUAGAGUUUGUAUUCCUAACUUUUUGUUUGUUGACAAAUGCAAAAAUAAAGGCAUACAGUUUUUGAAUACGCGAGCGAA